UUACAAAAAAGUUGCGGAAAGAAAUGAUAUUUUAUUUAUUAACCUCUUCUUCGACUUUAUUAUUUAUAAAAUAACGACGGUGAUGUGAUGAUUUUGGUCCAUUCGACACAUCGAAGAGAUUAUUAGGUCUGCCAAUUAAUUAAGAAAUUCCGACGAAUGCGGCGACAAAAGUACCUCAGAAUUAUUUUUGUAUUAUUUUCCUAAGUGUAUACCUCGUGUUCGAUAGGUUCCAUACCGAAUAGUCGGUUAAUUAUCAUUGAUAAUGGUGUUUAUACCUACGUUAAAAUUACUUACGACUGAAAACCGAAAAAUUAACGUAUAAUUUGUUAAAGUCAAUGAUUUUAGACAAGCAGCGAGGUGUGAAGAUACUUGUGGACGAGUGUGAUUUUGACUGGUGUAUGUUGUGUGCGUUUAUGCGUGUGUGUGCGUUUACGUUAACGACGAGCUAUUUGCAAUAUUGGAUCAUGAGUGUGCACUUGCCAAUAUUCGAAUGCAUCGUGAUUUCGAUAAUGGAUGUAUUAAAACACGAAUGUAAAUAAAGUUUGUUAUUCAAAGUGUUUAAAUUAUGUCGUGUGUGUAUUUAAGAAGCCAUAUGUUGGAAACUCUAAGAAAGCUCGAUCGAUCUCUUCGAUAUGGUAGAUAUGAGAACGUCUUUGUUGUCACGGUGACAAAUCAACAAAUAUCACGGUUCUCUCCUCCAUCAGAAGCAUUCCUCCACCCGUUACAUUCUAGUUAACACGUUGCCAUAAGAGUACUACGGAAUUUACAGAUUAUCAAUCAAUAUUGAAACGCUUCUAGUCUUUCAAUCAUAAAUAUAGUGAUUGCCAUUUCGAUAAGUUAACAUCUCUCUUGCGUUGUGAUUGUUUACGGAUUAAAAUACCAUAAGAUUCACUCGCGUUAGUCAAGAAGUUUUAAUUUCGUUACACCAUGAUGGAAAUGGAAAUGAAUGCCGAUUUGGAUGGUGAUGACGGAAGCGAAAGCAGUCAGCCGUCCUCGGAAGGCAGUUCGGCAAGCAGCACAUUUUGCAACUUAGAGAAGGAUUACGCAAGGAUAACGAGCGAAAUGAAAACUAACGAGGCGUUAGCUGCUUACGAAUCCGAGUAUGCGAGACUCUACGAGUCUUUAUACAAAGCUCAUAGAAAUGAAAAGGAACUGUCGGAGCAGUGUACAUCGCUGAAGGAUGAAAUCACAAAUAACACGUACAAGAUGUAUGAGCUGAAGAAGACGGUAGAGGCCCAUGAGGAUGAAAUAGCUAGACUGAAACAAGAAGUCGUGAAUACGACAAAACUAGCCGACGCGGCGCACUCACGCGAGCAAAACGCACAGGAAGUCAUUGAGAAUUUGCGAUUAAACAUUGUCAAACUCGGUCAAGAAAUCGAGCAGAAGGACAAACAGCUGGCCGCCGAGAAGGACGUUGCCAUUAGCAAGCAGAAGGAGGUUCUGUUAAAGGAGCGGGAUCGACUCGUGGGUGAGAUGGAGGCCAUGCGGCAGCGUCUAAAGAACGUGUCGGCAUAUACGGAGGAGCUUGAGAGAAAAGGCAGCGCAACCGAUCAUCGGAUGAACGAAAUGCAGGAAACCCUUGAUAUGCAACUGAACGAGAUCUCGCGAGAAAAACGGGGCAGGGAGAGGGCGGAAAUGGAGGUGCGACAACUUCAGGAAGAAAUAACCGUGAAGAAGGACGAACUUGAGGCUGCGAACGCGUCCAUCGAAGCUAGUGCGAAUAACGCGAUGAGGCUCGAAAGCCUGCUGAAGGAACACAGAACAGCGGGCGAGAAAAUGCAGAAGGAGAUCGGCAAGCUAAUGCUAAAGAGAAUGAAUCUCCAAACGGAUCUCGAUAAUGCAAACGUCGAGAUAGAAAAACUGGAAGAGGAGCUUACCGACAGGGAGAAGCUGUUGAAGAGUAUUAAAUAUGAUCUUAACAAAACGCGGGAAGACAGCACCAAAUGCAAGUUUGAAAAGGACAUCGCUGAAAAGCGAUUGCUGAAGGCCGAUGGCGAGCGGUCCAGGUUGGAGCAGGACUUACGGCAAGCGGUGACCGAUGUGAAGAACAUAGAACACAAAGCGCGUACCUGCCGUAAGGAGUUCAUGGAUGAGCGGCAACGCGUCGAGGCAUUACUGAGGGAAAAAAAUACCCUCGCGCGCGGUAAAGAAACCGCUCUGGAUCGAAUCAAACGAAUGAAUCGCGAGCUACUACUGAGCGAACAUGCGAAACGAAAGAUUGAGCGCGAGCUCGAUACGUUGACGCAGAGUUCCUACGAAGUGAAGAAACAGUUGGAGGUGGUGGAGAAAGAAAGGGACAAGUGCAAUUUAACGGCGCAAGAAUUAGAGCGACAGAUAGAGGGUCACUUAAACGAAGUCAGGCUGAAGCAAACAGAGAUUUCCGAUUGUAAGAAAAGUUUGGCGGAGGCCGGGAUAAAGUACCGUCAACAGCAAAGCUUAUUCGAGGUCAUCCGCGCGGAGCGAAAUUUAUACAGAAAGAACCUAACAGAGACGCAGGAAGAAGUAAAGGAUUUGCGGAGAAAGUUAAAGAUAACGAGCCAGCAGGUUGAACAGCUGAAGGAGGAUAUAGCCACGAAAGAGUCCAAUCUCGUUAAGCAAGAAUUCAUUCUAGGGAGAAUAGAAAAGGAGAAGGAGGACCUCAAGGUCGAUUUACGAUCUUGCCGCAUGGAGUUGUCGACUUUGCGACGCGAAAUCGAGAAGAUGAAGCGCGAAGAAAAGUAUCUCAGGUGGGAAGUUCAACAGGCGCACGUGAUCAUCGGACGCCGACAGAAAGACAUAGACAACGUGAUGAAUGAACGUGAUAUUCUCGGUACGCAAUUGGUUCGCAGAAACGAUGAGCUGAGCCUUCAGUACGGCAGAAUCAAGGUUCUAAAUACCACACUUCAACGGGGCGAAACGCAGUAUAACCAGAAAUUGCAAGAUAUCAGAUUGCUGAAAUGCGAGGUGAAGAGGCUGAGGGUGGAAAAAGUCCUCCUUACCAAAAAUAUCGUCAACGUUAGCGACUUACGACAAGAAGUUUUUUAUCUUAAUCGUGACCUGGCGAAGGAGAGGCUCAAAGUCACCGCACUCGAAGAGGAGGUUCAAACGCCGUUAAAUGUACACAGAUGGCGAAAGCUCGAGGGCACGGAUCCCACUACUUUUGAGCUCGUCAAGAAAGUACAGAUUCUACAGAAACGCAUUUUAAAAAUGUCCGACAAUAUAAUCGAUAAGGAGAAGAAGAUAAAAGACGUUGAAAAAUUAUACAUGAACCUUCGCGGUGUCUUGUCGAAGCAACGGGAUCCGCAGGCGGUGGCGAGUGUGGAUGAAGUUCGAAGUGCCUUGCGCAAAAGAGGAGAAAAGCUGAAAUGUCUCGUCGCUGAGUUAAACAUGUACGAGACGCAAGUGGGAGAGUACAAAGGUGACAUGACGAAAAUGGCUAAUGAAAUGUGCGAAUUAAAAAAGAAGUACCACGCUCAAAAAAGGAAGUUCCAAAAGAUGAAAGAGAGAGAUGACGCGAAAUCUUCCUACGAGCCGAUCCUUCCGGGUGUAUUAGUAUCCAGUGUGAAAUUCUGUGGGGGUGGUUUCAAUAUGACGACAUCUACACGGAGAAAUUGCUUUCUAGAGUUAAAGAAAAUAUAA